AUGUCGCGCGGAGAAAUAGUCCAACUCUUUGUCUCCCUUGCAGUCCGCCCUCACAGUCGAUGCUUGUACCGCGCCCAAAAGUUGUCUCUACGCAACCUCCGGCAUGCUUCCACCUCGACUUCUCCCUCGAAGCCCGCUCUUCCAUCCAAGCCUGGGCCUGGCGGUUCGAAGCCAACUAUUCCUCUCUAUGUAGGCCUGGAUCGGAAUCCUGAGGGUCUCUCCGCCAUUUCGAGAAUUCCCAUUCCCAAAGGGGAGAAAGGCGAGAAAUUCACACCCUCUGUCUUAGCACGGCCACUCGGUCUCACGUACCCUCCGCGUCCCGGUCAGAACAGUCCCGUCGAUCGCCGAACCGUCCAAGAGAAAAAAGCCGACUUCACAAGCUACCAGAAAGCUCUGGAGCGGCGGCGGGUAUACCUGCGGUCAUUUUUCCGUCCCUACUUCCAGGAAUGGCGUCGAGUAGACCAUUGGAAAGGCAAAAGCUUUAUCUCCAACGAUAGGCUGUUCAAGAGAGAAAAGGCACUGUACUUCCCGAACAUCUGGGGUCAGACCCUGUCAAAAGGAGGAGACGGGCCAGAUGGCGGGAGAGACACCACUCCCAUCCUCAUGGGCAAGAUCUCUAUCGUCGGCAUGCAGUCGGGACAGUGGGCCGAAGAGCAGGUCGACACGUUUAUCAGCGAGAAACAGAAUCCGCAGUUACAGCAAAUAAUUGCAGACAGUAACGGCCUGGUCCAACGAGUCGACAUCAACAUGCAAGGAGACUGGGCACGAUCUUUCCUCGUCAAGCUAUUUAGUGGACGACUGAGGAAGCUGGUCCCUGAGGAACGCUGGGGCCGCUAUUUCAUGAUCAAACUGCCCCGCGAUAUCCGCCGUGGACUGAGCGAUGAUGUCCGAGAUGCGAUGGGCCUGCUCAAUUCUCAGGUUGGAUACGUCUACCUGGUUGAUUCGAGCUGUAAGAUCAGGUGGGCUGGAAGUGGCCACACAUGGGAAGGGGAAGUGAACAGUCUCAAUGCGGUUGUCCAGAGACUCAUACAAGAAGAAAAAGCAUUGCAAUCCCCGUCGCCCUCUAUCAACUCCGUUGCAUCCAAACAGCGAACAAUACCAAUGACAUCGUCACCAAAACUCUCGGACUCCGCAGAUGGCAAGCAAAAUGCAAUUCCGACCCCUGCUGUAGCUUGA